AUGGGAUCUGUUGCCGUUGAUCCACAGCCGAGUGUGGUGACUAGGGUGGCCAGCCUUCCCUUGGUGAGCUCUACUUUCGACCUGGUCUCCUGGGCUUAUGGCAGCACCAAGGAUCAAUAUCCCUACUUGAAGUCUGUGUGUGAGAUUGCGGAGAAGGGUGUGAAAACCAUCACCUCUGUGGCUGUCAGCAGUGCUUUGCCCAUCAUCCAGAAACUAGAGCCCCAAAUUGCAGUUGCUAAUACCUUUGCCUGUAAAGAGCUCGACAGGAUUGAGGAGAAACUGCCUAUUCUGAAUCAGCCAACAGACCAGGUUGUUGCUAGUGCCCGAGGUGCUGUGACUGGGGCCAGAGAUGCUGUGACGACGGCUGUGACUGGGGCCAAGGAUUCUGUGGCCAACACAAUCACCGGGGUGGUGGACAAGACCAAGGGAGCAGUGGCUGGCAGUGUGGAGAGGACCAAGUCUGUGGUCAAUGGCAGCAUUAACACAGUCUUGGAAAGUCGGGUGAUGCAGAUGGUAAACAGUAGAGUCGACAGUGCACUCACCAAAUCAGAGCUACUGGUAGACCAAUAUCUCCCUCUCACCCAGGAAGAACUAGAAGAAGAAGUGAAAAAGAUUGAAGGAUUUGAAGUGGUUCAGAAGCCAAGUUACUAUGUUAGACUAGGGUCUCUGUCUACCAAGCUGCGUUCACGUGCCUACGAGCAGACUCUCAGCCGGGUGAAAGAUGCUAAGCAAAAAAGCCAAGACACCAUUUCUCAGCUUCAUUCCACUGUUACUCUGAUUGAAUUUGCCAGGAAGAACAUGCAUGGUGCCAACCAGAAAUUCCAGGAUGCUCAGGACAAGCUGUACCUCUCAUGGGUGGAGUGGAAGAGAAGCAUCGGCCAUGAUGAUACAGAUGAAUCUCAUUGUGCUGAGCACAUCGAGUCACGUACUCUUGCUAUCGCCCGCAACCUGACCCAGCAGCUCCAGACCACCUGUCACACCCUCCUGUCCAACAUCCAAGGGUUACCUCAGAACGUUCAAGAUCAAGCCAACCACUUGGGGGUCAUGGCAGGUGACAUCUAUUCAGUGUUCCGCACUGCUACCUCCUUUAAAGAAAUGUCUGAUGGUCUUCUCACUUCUAGCAAGGGGCAGCUGCAGAAAAUGAAGACGUCUUUAGAUGAUGUCAUGGAUUAUUUUGUUAACAACACGCCACUCAACUGGCUGGUGUUUGAUUUCACUACCAUCGACUUAACUUCUGAAACUGAUGAAAUCCCGGAUAUUAUAGCUUUGGAAGAGGAGGAUGACCCAGAUCAUUCACACUGUAAUGGCUCUGUCCUUUCACGGCAAAAUGUUGAAUAA